AUGCCAUGGUUAACUUCAUCAACGCAGGACACUAAGGAGCAUCUGGGGAACAGCCUUCUGUCGUUUCAACGGCUGCGGAUCAAUCACUCGCCACGCGCUGGCCCUCCUAGUCACCGCCGUGGUCGUCCAGUGUUCCAUGGAGAACCUCCGGUGACUCUAAAGGAGAAGCGGAUGGCGCCUGGAAGUGGUCCUUUGGGUAUCCGUGCCAUCUCCUUAGCAUCUUUUGUUACUAUCGGAGCGGUUCCACGCUUCAAGGCUACGAGAUGA